AUGACCAUCAAUGGUUCAAACCAUUGGCGGUUUUCUGUCUAUGGCUUCUUGCAAGGUUCUCCGGGAGGAUCAGUAGCCGACGCUCUACUACAACUUAGCAAAUUUGCGGUCAGGGCGGUGACCUGGGACACCAGCAAACCGGCAGCCGCAAAGCUGAAAAAGGCCGGAGAGAAGGUAUUGUCUACAGAUCCGGGCAAUAAAAACAAUCUGCCAGUUGCACUGACUGGAAAUUCUGGAGCAUUUGUGGUCACUAACUUCUGGGAACACUUCAGCAAGGAGAAGGAGGUAGCCCAGGGCAAGGUGAUCGCAGACCAGUGCAAACGUCUGGGCCUCCGUCACGUCAUCUACAGUGGUUUGGAGGAUGUGAAGAAGAUGAUGGGAGGGAAGCUUGAGGUUCUGCAUUUUGAUGGUAAAGUAAAGGUGGAGGAAUAUUUCAGAGCCAUCUACUGCCCUAUGACCAGUGUGAGCCACUCCUUCUGCUUCGAGAACCUGCUAACUAAUUACAAACCACAGAACUCCAAGGAUGGGAAGAUCUAUGAGUUGGGUAAGACAUCUGGGAAGUUUAUUGUGCGGGUCCGGUAUGUAAUACCGGCGGUCUGGAUCCCGGCAGUCAGGAGACCGACGCCGUAA